UAUAGUCCAUAAUACCAUCCGGCUGAUAAAAACGUUUGUUCCUUGCGGAAGCGGUAAGGAGAACGUGAGGUUUGGUUUAUCAUGGUUUGCAAAUCACCAUGACUCCACACUUGCCAGUGCCAGAGGAUUUGAGGACUGAUAACCUAUGAGAACAGCGUUCCAGGCUAAGAAACAUUUUCGGUCUUAGUUGUUGUGAAGGUCGACCUGGCCACCGGGUUCAGAAGCUGAAGCAUGAGUGUAGGUGUCUACACAGACAUGGAUGACAUGUAUGAUUUUGGAAAUGUUACUAACGCCACUUCGGUAGCACCGACAACUUAUGUUCCAAUAAUUGGAGCUGUUUCUAUAUUUACUGGAGUACUCCUUGUCCUGCUGUCUAUUGUGACAGUGGCUGGAAACAUCGGAACUAUCUGGGCGUUCAGAUCCAACAUUCUCCUACGUCAGAAACCGAGUAACCUGUUGAUAUUAAGUUUAUCAUGUUGUGACUUGGCAGUAGGGGCUAGCGGGCUACCCGUAGCCGCUGUACACACGGGGCUGGGCUACUGGCCACUCGGCAAACCGGUUUGUAUCAUUUCGGCUUUCUUCUCGGUGAUCGGCGUGUCGGCUGCGAUGUAUACCGUGACUGCAAUCAGUAUAGACCGCUGGCUCCUAGUGUCGAGGGAGUAUCCGUCCUACCUGAGAAUCCAGUCAUCCCGGAAUGUGAAACUGCAGAUAGCCGGAGCUUGGAUCGCUGCGAUCCUGAUCAGUUCCUGUGAGACGAUCCUAUGGGUAGUACAGAGUUUCAGUAAUGAGUCCAUGGCCGAGGGAACCAUAGACUACAGUUUGCAGUGUAUAUCACCCGUUCGUAGCGAUCCCAUCUUCACCCUGGUGAUUUUCGCCCUCCUGUUCGCGAUACCAUUUCUCGUGAUGGUCAUCUCGACUAUGCGGUUCGUAGUCCUGCUGCGUCGACGUCUCCGGAAGUCCCGUAAAAGACGAAACAUGUCCAUCGUUUCGUCCAUCAAUGUCGUCGCUAACAUAAAGCGGGAACCAUCCGCCACAAGUUCCGUCGAUAACUCAGUUUACGAUAACAAAGCUUUUGAUGACCCCAGUAAAAAACCAACCACCUCCGAAAAACCCAAAGAAGCUUCGCAAGUAAGUGUUACAUUUGACAAGAAAACACAAUCCACCGAUACCACGACUGCCGUAACCCGUAAGCCGGUUAAACACCAAUCCCUCGGCCAGACCGGGAGAGGAAAGUCCUUCUUUGGACUUGGUUCCGAUGCUUCUCUUGGUGCGUCUACAACCAAGGGAAGGCGAGCCAUUAAGAUGAAGAACAGGUACAUGAAGCCAGCGAUUAGACUAGCCAUUCUCCUUGGGGUGUUUGCUCUGUGCACUCUCCCUUAUCCCAUCUUUAUCAUCCUUGCCGAUGAGACAUUAGAAGGGCCAAGAAAUCAUCUCUCUAAUUUGCUGCUCUCCAACUCCGGACUGAAUCCGUUCCUAUAUGCAAUUAUGCACAGGAAGAUUAGACUAUUCUAUAUCAACAAGUUAACGUUGCCAUGUUGUAGGAAAAGGAACAUGUGAGUUGCGAGUAUAUUAUUGAUCUAACAUUUUUACUUCAAUCAAAAUCAGAAACAAUAAUUUGUUACCAAUGUUUUGGUUAUAAUUUUAUGCUCAAAAACUCCUGGAUCAGAGUUCACCUGGGGGAAAAGUUUCAAUAGGCCAGAACCAAAACCGGUUCAAUUACAUGAUUAAUUUGUUCUAGGUCAACUUGACUGGAGUAGGUAAAUGUAUUUUGUAAAGGAUUGGUAGAGCUGGCAAAGAAGUUACAGAAAGUGUUAAUGUUUGUGAUCAACCAUAUUAUACAUUGUGAAACUAGGCGUAGGGUUCGUUGCGCGAGUCUGGAUAAAAUAGUCAGUGGUAAACAUGCAAAACCUUAUGUUAAAGGCAGUGGACACUAUUGGUAAUAGUACUCAAAAUAAUGAUUAUCACAAAACCUUACUUGGU